ACAUUCAACGAUGCAAAGAUUUGCUGGGAAGGUGGAACAACAUCAGAAAUGUAGGAGGCAGCCAGGAGCUAAAGAGAGGCAUCUGUAAAGAAAGGCGACCGAAACCGAUGGAUUAUUUAAAUACGUUCAGAUGCAGGGCUGUGCAAGUUUCCAUCGCAUAUCAGAAGAAAGUUUAGCUUUUCAUGCAAAGCAAGUAUCUUCAAGAUCAGACGCAAUAACAAAAAUAGCAAAUAUUAAAAUAGUUAACAAUUUCUAUGUUUACCUGCGAAAUACACAUCAGUUUAUUCCACCGGCGUGACUGUCGGUCUAUCAACCGCAUUUAAGCUUCACCGGUGACAUUCGAGUGACGCCUCCAAGAAUUUCUCUUAGAAGAAGACUUAAGGAACACAAUUGUAUUUGUAAAUGCAAGCAAGGGAAAAAGGUGGUUAAAAACGGACGCAGAUUUUUUUAAUUAUUAUUAUUAUUAUUAUUAUUAUUAUUAUUAUUAUUAUUAUUAUUAUUAUUAUUAUUAUUAUUAUAUCGUGGAUAGGUUAAUCGGAUCUAAGGAAAUGUGAUAAUAAAAAGUAGUUGAAGGGAUUUUAACUUACAGUACAUCGUUUUGCAAGAAAUUAAAAUAGUGAAUAGCACCACGUUUCUUUUUAUGGGGUGCUGCAGCCGCAAACAUGAAGGGAACUAUGCAUUACACAUUAGUUUAAACUGAAUAGGCUGUUAUAUAUUACAAUUUAUCACUUAUAAACACGUCCAAAGCAGUUCACUAGUGGAUAACUUUUGAAUUAUGGAAUUAAAAGUUAUAAGUCGCUCUCGUUCAUGGACAAUCAAGUUGUAUAUUGGCAUUUGAUCAACCACUUUCACCGUUAUAUUACAUGCAAUUAAAAAAAAAAUCAAAUAGGAAAACAAAGUUUAGCUAGUAACAAGAAAUUCUCAGUUUGACUGACAGCAACAUACGAAAUUUAGAUUGAUUUGUUUCGUUUUUUGUUUACCCUCGAGUUAAAAAAAAAAAAAAAAUCUCGCUGGCUCUUAUGGGAAUUAAACACUCCUCCCGCUGCCUGCUCCUGAGGAGAAAGAUGGCGGAGACUGAGAACCCAGAGCAGACAAGCAGCGCCCCAUCGCAGGCUGUCCAACCUGUGCCUCUUCCAAAGCUGGUGCAGUCCAUCCAGCAUGUCCCGCACACACCCGCUCUACCGAGCUGUCCUGGCAGGGGAAAGAUAGCCAAGUUUCUCAGCCCAGAGGAAAUGACAUCAAGGGAUUAUUACUUCGAUUCCUACGCACACUUUGGAAUUCAUGAGGAGAUGCUAAAGGAUGAGGUCCGAACGCUCACGUACAGGAACUCUAUGUAUCACAACAAGCACAUCUUUAAGGACAAGGUUGUUCUAGAUGUGGGGAGUGGCACAGGAAUCCUCUCCAUGUUCGCAGCCAAGGCUGGAGCCAAGAAGGUGUACGGGAUUGAAUGCUCCAGCAUUUCAGACUAUUCAGAAAAAAUCAUCAAAUCGAAUCAUCUGGACAACAUAAUCACAAUCUUUAAGGGUAAAGUGGAAGAAGUGGAGCUGCCGGUUGAUCAAGUGGACAUUAUAAUCAGCGAGUGGAUGGGUUACUGCCUGUUCUACGAAUCCAUGCUGAAUACAGUAAUCUUUGCAAGAGACAAGUGGCUGAAACCUGGAGGGCUGAUGUUCCCAGAUCGAGCUACCUUGUACGUCAUUGCCAUUGAAGACAGACAAUACAAGGAUUUCAAAAUUCACUGGUGGGAGAGCGUGUAUGGCUUUGACAUGACCUGCAUCCGAAAUGUUGCCAUGAAGGAGCCCCUGGUGGAUAUUGUGGACCCCAAGCAAGUGGUGACUAACUCCUGCUUAAUAAAGGAGGUGGAUAUUUACACUGUGAAGACAGAUGAUCUCUCCUUUACUUCAGCGUUCUGCCUUCAAGUGCAGCGCAAUGAUUACACCCACGCUCUCGUCACCUAUUUCAACAUUGAGUUCACCAAGUGUCAUAAGAAAAUCGGCUUUUCAACAGCACCUGAUGCUCCUUAUACACACUGGAAGCAAACUGUAUUUUACCUUGAGGAUUACCUCACUGUGAGAAGGGGUGAGGAAAUAUACGGAACCAUCACCAUGAAGCCCAAUGAAAAAAACAUUCGUGAUUUGGACUUCACCGUUGAGUUGGAUUUCAAAGGCCAGCUCUGUGAGACGUCACUAUCCAAUGAUUAUAAGAUGCGUUAAAUGUGCAGUAGUGUUAACCCAGCUUUCUUUUUAGCUGGUGAAAAAAAAACCAACCUCUUUUCAAAUGCUGAUUGCGAAAGGGGAUUCCUAUUAAAGGGGAAAUGUAGUCAAUCCUGCUGGUAUCGCCAACAUCAGACAUCACAAGGAGAUUGCUUAGAAAAAGACACUGAAUGUAACACCUUCUGAAGAAUGUUUUCUGUUUUUAAGGGUGUGUUUUAUUUUUUUGUUAAAGAAACAUUAGGAGGACUAAAGAACAUGUCAUAUUUGGGGGAGAGUGGUCCUAGUUCUUCCAGACAUUGCAUGUUCCUAAACACAUGGGGAAAUAUCUUUACUAAUUUAAAACAAAGACUUCCAAUAAUCCAUCUAUACCAUACCAAGGUCAUAACGUGAACAAUAAAUGAGCAAGAUGCAGUUUACAUGUGCAGCAAGAACAAAAUGUAGUGUUGAUGUUAUUACUGAAAGCAUUGGGCCCCAUGUUUUUAGACCUCAUUACUCUAAUAAGAAAGUAUAGGUUAUGUUCUAAGAAUAUAAUGGUGAUUCAUUAUUAUUUCGUAACUUUUUCUUGUAAGGUUGGAAUAGUCUUCAUAACUUCAGUAAAAUAUGAUUCGUUAUUCA